CUUCCCCUCUCCUUGGUUUCCUCCAAGUGAAAAGCAAAACUUUCUGCGCGCUGCGGUCUGGGAGCCGCGAGGGGCGGCGCGCGCGUACGAGCGAGGGGCCGAGGCUGGAGAGGAAGCGGCGGUCCUGGGCAGGAGGAAGGAGCCAGCCCUCGGCUCGGCCCCCUGCCCGUUUCCCGCCGCCUCCGCGGCCGCCGCCACAACCAUCACCGCGGUCACCGUCCGGGGCGCAGCCGGCCGCACGAUGCAGGGCGGGGGUCCCCGGGGCGCGCCGAUCCACGGUCCGAGCCACGGCGCAGACAGUGGGCAUGGCUCACCGCCUACAGUAGCCCCUCAGAGGCGGCGCCUGACACGGAGACCAGGCUACAUGAGAAGCACAGCCGGUUCUGGGAUCAGGUUCCUCUCUCCAGCAGUGGCCAUGCUGUGCCCAAGCUCAGCAGGGCUGACAGGCCAGGAGUCCCACCACUCACCGUCUAGGGCUGGACAAUGCGGCCUUGACCUUGGGAGCCACUGCCGAGGCUCAUUGGUGGGCAACCCUUUUCUCAAGAGCUCCCAUGCCCCUGUUGUGGCCUCUGAGAGCUACCUGCACCCAGUCCAGGGCUCUAUGAGAAAAAAGCCAGUGCACUUUGGGGUUUAUUCCAAGAACGACAGCAGACAAUCUGAGAGGCUGGCUGGGCCAUGUAAGCCUGGGGACGGCGUGUGUUGGCAAGAAUUUUUAUCUUCAGACAGCUCUAAGUCUCUAGCUCCUAGCCUUGAUGUAGCCAGCAGCAAGGGAGCAAGGGGCCUGAAGACUGUGAAACCUCUGGCAUCACUGGUGUUGAAUGGCCCCACUGACACUUCAUCCCUUCCCGGCUUCCAAGACACCUUUACUUCCAACUUCAGCUUCAUCCGACUCUCCCUUGGUGCUACUGGAGAACGCGGAGAAGCAGAAGGUUGCCUGCCAUCCAGAGAGGCCGAACCCCUGCAUCAGAGGCCCCAAGAGAUGGCAGCUGAAGCAUCCAGAUCAGACAGGCCCCACGGGGACUCUCGGCAUCUCUGGACAUUCAGUCUUCCGGCUGCUCCAGAUUUGGUGGACUUGGCUCAAGUGGCAAAGAGCAGCAGGCAACCAGAAAGUGGCAAGGUCUCUUCCUCGGAUGCUGGCUUCUCUUCCCAGGAUGCAUCCGCCGCUGGUGGGCGGAGCGACCGGGGCGGCGGCUGGGCGGAUGCCCAGGGAUGGCAUACUUUGCUCAGGGAAUGGGAGCCGGUGCUGCAGGACUAUCUACUGAGCAACCGCAGGCAGCUGGAGGUCACUUCCUUAAGUUUAAAGCUUCAGAAACUUCAAGAAAAAGCAGUCGAGGAUGGCGAUUACGAUACUGCGGAGACAUUGAGACAGAGGUUGGAAGACCUGGAACAGGAGAAAGGCCACCUGCCCUGGGCUCUGCCUUCACAGCAACCUGCUCUUCGAAGCUUCUUGGGUUACCUGGCAGCACAGAUACGGAUGACCUUGCAUGGCACCACCCAAAGGGCUGGUGGCAAUGAUCCAGAAACCCCACUUGAGGGACAGUCGAGGACCACCUCCCAGGAUGGCCUGCCUGCAUCCAUCACCAGGCGAGACUGGCUUAUUCGGGAGAAACAGCAAUUGCAGAAGGAAAUCGACACUCUCCAAGCAAGGAUGUCUGCGCUGGAGGCAAAGGAACAACGGCUAAGCCAAGAGUUGGAGGAGCAGGAGAUGCUGCUCCGGUGGCAGGGCUGUGACCUGGUGGCACUGGUGGCCCAGCUGUCCCCAGGCCAGCUGCAGGAGGUCAGCAAGGCCUUGGGAGAGACACUGACCUCUGCCAACCAGGCUCCCUUCCAUGCGGAGCCACCUGAAUCCCUCAGGAGCCUCUGGGAAAGGACAAGAUCACUGAACCUGGCUGUUAGAGAACUCACUGCGCAGGUGUGCUCAGGUGAGAAGUUGUGCCGCUCUCUGAGGAGGAGACUCGGUGACCUUGACACCAGGCUGCCUGCCUUGCUGGAAGCUAAGACUCUGGCCCUAUCAGGAAGCUGCUUCUCUACGGCCAAGGAGCUCACAGAGGAGAUUUGGGUUUUGUCGUCAGAGCGGGAAGGGCUAGAGACGCUCCUGGGCAGGCUGUUGGCGCUCGGCUCCAGGAACGUCAGAAGACUGGGCAGUGUGAAAGAGGAUUACCUCCAAUGCAGGCAGGACCUGGCACUCCAGGACGCCGCCCACAAAACACACGUGAAGGCAAACGCUGUGAAGUGCAUGGAAGUGUUGGAGGGUCAGCUGAGCAGCUGCAGGUGCCCGCUGCUUGAGAGAGUAUGGAAGGCAGACUUGGAGGCUUGUCAGUUGCUGAUGCAGAGCCUGCAGCUCCAGGAAGCAGGCAGCAGUCCACAUGCGGAGGAUGGGAAGCAGGUGCACAGCACAGGAGCGGCCGCCCAGACAGCUGCCCUGGCUGUCCCUCGAACACCCCACCCCGAAGAGGAAAAGUCCCCUUCGCAGGCGCUCCAUGACUGGGACCCUCACUCAGCUCCCACACCAUACUGUGCUGCAGGCCCACGGAAAGAGGAUUCUCACAUCAUUUCUGCUGAAGUUGGAGAAAAGUGUGAAGCCAUAGGUGUGAGGCUCCUGCAACUGGAAGACCAGCUUCUUGGGGCCAUGCACAAUCACGACGAAGCUCUCUUUCAGUCUCUCCAGGGGGAGCUCCAGAUGGUGAAGGAAACACUGCAGGCCAUGAUCCUGCAGCUCCAGCCAACCAAGGAGGCAGGAGAGGCCUCAACUUCCUAUUUGACAGCUGGUACUCAGGAAGCCGAGGCCUGAGCUUGGUCUUUCUCCGUUCGAAACCAAACCUGAGAUGGCCACUGUACCUGCUGGGGUCUUUCUACAGGCACUCCAACACCAGGAGCCCACAAACCUCAGAGUCUGUGCAGGUCCUUAGCUCCCCAGGCCACUUCCUCUGGGGGCUCUGCUCAGUCUCAGGAGACAUCUACAGGGUGCCUCAGCAAGAUGCAGCCUUUAUGUUCUAUGGCAAUGGCUGCAGCUCAGAACUACUGCCACCACCACCACUGCCUGCUGCUACAUCAGGUCAUUCUGAGAUUCCAGCCAGUGAAGUGGGAGGUGCAAAUGUGGGGAGGGGCAUGGGUCCAGGUGGAGACAAUAGACAACGUUGAGCCUUUCCAGUUCCUGCUUUGUCUCCAGGGAAUUACAUCGCGGAGCCUAAAGAGCAGUGUCUAUUCCCUGAGGCGAUAUGGACUCAAACAGGCAGCUCACUGCCCCAUAGUGGUGUGUAGCAGGUCCCUGGUGGAUUGCUCCUUGGGUUCAGCUGAGACUCCUGCUGAGGCAGCUGCAGGCAGGCUGUUCAAGUGGACUGAAGAGACGGAGAAGAAUCAGGUAGUUUUCUGUUGCUGUGAAAAACUACCUGGCAAAAGCAACUUGGAAGGAAGUAUGGCAGGAAGGAAGGAAGGAAGGAAGAAAGGAAGGAAGGAAAAGGAUGGAAAGGAAAGGAUGGAAGGAUGGAUGGAUAGAAUGUGGGUAGGUAGGUUUAUUUGGGCUCCUGGUUUGAGGCUUCAGUCUAUCACAGUAGGGAAUGCAUGAUGACAGGACCAUGAAGUAGUUGUUCACACCUUGUCCUCAGCCAGGAAGCAGAGAGAUCAAGCGCUGCCUCAAUCUCUUCCCCCUUUCCAUUCAGUUCAAAGUCUCAGCCCAUGUGAUGCCACCAUCCACAUUUGCAGUGGGUUUCCCUCAGUCACGUGUCUUCAGAAACACCCUUAUGGACAUACUUGAAGUUUUGCCUUCUAGGUGACUCUGAGCCUAGUCAAGUUGAUAACGACGGUGAAUUACCACAGGAGGGUACCUCAGAGAUAUGUGUCUAUAUGGUGAGAUCCUGGUGCCAUAACUCCUACUUGGGAGUCAACUCAGCUAGCCACCCUGUAAGAAGGCUGGUACCAUAAAGUUCACCAGCUUCCAUCAAGCCCCAACAUUCCCAAGCCUAAUAGACUUCAGAUUUCUUCAUGAGAAGCUAUUCAUUCCCUCAGUCUUGGGGGACAUUAUGCUGUACCCUCUAGGAUGACUCCAGUGCACCUGUAUCUUGGAGACCAAGCCUAACAUUCUCCCAUUGAGCUCAGAGCAGUCUGACGAGUUUUCCUGGGAAGAUCUCUCUAAGAUGCUCUGCUCCCUUUUGUAGGUAUGGGGAUAGACACACUCUUGCCUUCCUCUGGGUACAUGGGUCCAGCUUUGAACCCUUCCUAAUCGCCCUUCCAUUUCUGGAAGAUGCCUGGUGAUUCUCCAAGCCGUCCUUGCUGAGGACCACUUUGCCCUUAGCUGAAGAGAUUAACUUCACUCACUGCUCACUGACUUUCUGCGGUGUUACCUGCAGUGUUACCUGAACAAUUUUGAGGAUACAUUUUAUAAUAAGAAGUAUGUUUAGUUUGUUUUCCAGGCUUGAUGUUUUGAUAAUGAAACAAAUCCCUGAAUCAUUUAUAAUCGUGCCUCUAAAAGUCUGGUGAAGCAGUCACAUGGCACCCAGAACCCCCAAAUCCUUGGUGUGAUUUUAGUGAAGUGAACUUGAAAUCAAGAUCACCACCUGCCAAGAACCUUCCUAACUCUGACACCUUCAAAGGAAGCUUCCUGGCAUGAGUCACCUGACUGGCACUGCCCGUCUGGGUGUUUUAUGUUAUUCUGACACUACUGUAGCUCUCUGUGAGGUCAUGAAGCAUUUGAAAGCUUAAGGAACUAAGCAGUCCCCUAGAGGUCUCAGGGAGAGGGACAACUGAGAGUGCCCAGUGUCUGGUUGGUUGAAUGGCACUUCAGUCAUGAAUUGUCCCAUAUCUCUUGUCAUUCUCUGGUCUUGGAGUGCAAUCCAGGUUCAGUGUUGAAGGCUGAUGUCUCCUGGGACCGCAUGACUGUCUCAUGACAACCUUCCUCUCAUUAGCCACUUGGGCUCUAGGAGAUCCAGGACUUGUGGAUCCCCAAAUAUAGGACAAGACAGUUUUUUACAAGGUCACAUAAAAAUACCCCAGGGAGGUUGGGGCCUGAGGUUAGACUUUUAGGAGAGGACCAAGCCCCCAGCAAAGCUUUGUGUUGAAAGGGGGGCACAAUGUCAGUCUUAUUUAUGAAAACAGCACACAUGUGUAUUUUAUAAAUAUGCUCUAUUUUCCUUAUGCAUUCAUAUGUUGAUGGGCUCAUUUUAUAAUCCGUCUGUCACUGUGAUGUUCUGCAAGGGGAGGGGGAGGGGCGUCAGCUUGAACAUCUUCAUUACCUCAUUAUCACCAGGUCUAGCUCCUGAAACUUUACAGUAUUGAUCAAUCCCUGAAUCAGGUUAAUAUGUCACAAUUGAUUUUAGUCCUGCUUGGUGAUGAGGCUGCCUCACACCCCAGAAACACUUGUGGAUUGGCACCAUGCUGAGCCAGUCCUGUAGUCACAGCUCUGCCUGAAAGUGCUCCACAGAGAGGAGAAUGCUCUACACAGGGGAGAGUGUUCCACACAGAGGCGAGUGCUCCACACAGAGGGGUGUUCGUGGGCCUCAGGAUGGCCAGGUCCUCAUCCUAAGGCUCAGAGUUGUUCAGAGGAGGAUCAUGGGGAAUCCUGACCCCCACGGGCAGCUGUUCCUAACCGGUGUCCUUUCUAAAGUGCCUUUGAUGUCCUCUUUGCAUUUUGAGCUGUGAAACUCACUCACCAGCUAAAACCCAAGACUGCCCUGUGAAUUCUGAGAGCAGUGAGUCACUGAUCUCUAGGUCCCCUCACCCCCAGCAAACUGUACUGUGUAGCAGAGGCUCUGGUUGGCUAUAGAAACCCUAAGCUCUAUCCACUGUCAUGGCCUAGCCUUUCUCAGUCACCCCAAAGAUCAUUCCAGGGGUGUCAUUUACAGCCACAUACUGGGUGGGUUUUCUGGAAAUUUUCUAUGUAACUGGUGUUUCUCAAAAUAGGUUUGUUUACUAUGGGCAACAUGAACGACAUAUAUAUGUAUGAACAUGUUUGUGUGCUGUGGUUAACAGCAACCCUAUACAUGUUGGUCAGCACCCUCUUGUGUAUGUAAUUGACCUUUAAUUUUAAUACCACCGCUUUAUUUGAUCUUUGAUUUUUGUCAUGUAAGUUAUUGCUUUAUUAAGUGUCCUGCUCUGUGUGAAAUAAAAGCUGAUAC